AUGUCGGUCGGCAUGGAGAUAUUGGGCCGAAGGACCCGUUUCUGUGCUCCAUCAUUCUUGGACUCUGCUCAUCGCUGCUGCAUCCGUGAACGUGAAGAGAUUAAUGUGAGCAUGCGCUACUCAUUAAAAAAAUUCGCCGGCGCUGAAGCAUCGGUCAUAUGCGCAGGCGUGAAGGUUGUGACGGUGGCGAAUUUUACGCAUGCGUGCAGUUCACAAAAGGUCUCGGGAGCCCGGCAGCUGGAUCGGACGCAGGUUAUAAAUUGGAAGGAAUUUGUCUCCAGGAAUCUCAAACAUGACAUGCCAGUUUUGCUGUCUCUGUCUGGAUAUUUAAGAAGUGGAGCGAGGGAUUCAAUCGACCAUCCUUCCUGCUCAGACUGUGGGGAGGGAUUCACUCGGGCAUUUGACCAACUGACAAGCCCGUCAUUUUACACAGGAAAAAGGCCGCUCACCUGCUCAGACAGUGGGAGUGGAUUCACUCGGUCAUCUCAACUGAAGGUAAGUUCACACUGGGCAAGGCCAUUCAGCUGUUCUGUGUGUGAGAAAGGAUUCCGUCAGUCUUCCCACCUGUGGACACAAUAUUCAGUUCACACCAGGCAGAGGCUGUCAUCUGCUGAAUUUCUGGGAAAGGAUGCACUCAGUCAUCUGACCUAAUGGCACAGCAGUGAGUUUGCACUGGGGAAAAGCCGUUCACUUGCUCAGUCUUUGGGACGGGAUUCACUCAGUCAUCCAAUCUGCAGUGUCAUCAGCGAAUUCACACUGGAGAGAGGCCAUUCAGUUGCUCAGUCUGCAGGAAGUUAUUCACUCAUUCAUCUCACCAACAGAGUCAUCAGCAAGUUCACACUGGAGACAGGCCAUUCACCUGCUCAGAAUGUGGGACGAGAUUCACUCAUUCAUCCACCCUACAGAGUCACCAGCAAGUUCACACUGGGGAGCGGCCGUUCACCUGCUCAGAAUGUGGGAAGGGAUUCUCACUCACAUCCCACCUACAGAAACACCAAUCAGUUCACACUGGGGAGAGGCCAUUCCUCUGCUCAGACUGUGGGAAGGGAUUCAGUAA